AUGUCCGACGCCGGUGUACUCAACCCCAUUCUAUUGCGGUCCACAACACCAGGCCCAAAUGAAAAAGUACUGAACUACCUUGAAAGCAUGAAUCUCGCGGGCCAGCAACUCGAUGUACAUUCCCCAGCCCGCUCAAUUGUUGACGGAGACGACCAUGAUGAGCCGGUUCGCCGCCCCGUUUUCUCCCCGACCCACAGUCAAUCAUUGCGUGACUUUAUGGGAUCACCGUUGAGCUACGGGGCUGGGCGGACUCUAAUUCAAGCACUCCAUGACGACGACGAUGGCGAUUCGACUGCUCAGAAUGGUCAGCGGUCAGAAUUCGGUGGCUUGCACCCGGAACCUGGCCCGAAUGACGCUCCUGGCCCACACUAUCCUUCCUACGAUUCUGGGCCGUCGUUUGGCAACUUGGGGCCUGAAGCGCUCAGCACAUUCAACAACGUCAUGAUGAGCACUUGGACGCCAUCUUGGGGUCAGCCAGUCGAUAAGCCUGUUCCUGAUAUUCCUCAACCGACACCUGGCACUGCUCAAAUGCCACUUCCCGAUUCCGCCGCUUCCGUCGAGAUACAAGUCCAAAGCCCUUCUAGUCCGCGGUCUCGUGCUGUGCAGUCGAACGGCGGAAAGGCGCCCUCAGAACAACCACCACCGAAGCCUGAAAGUCGCCCUCUUUCUCCACUCUCUGCACGUUCCCGCGUUACCAAGAUGACCGAGAAAGGCACUGCGUACCCGCCACUACCAGAGAGCAGAAUGGGAGACGACGAUUCCUCUCCUACUCACUCGAAAGCAGCCAAGCAGAGACCCGGUGAGCUGUCGCCACGUAGCUCUCAUAAGAAUAUUGCUACCCCAGCAAGGUCAACGUUCUCUGGCAACGGAGCACAUCGUCCCUUCUCACCUUAUCGACAUGCUGCAACAACCGAGGAUCUACUCCAUGCUGCCAUUCGUGGCCGUGCAAUUGUGCUCCCAGAAGCGACUGCCCCUCCUCCCAAAGCGCCGUCGGCCGCUGCCUCACAACGAUCAUCUCCGAAGAAAGCCGACUCUGUGGCGCAGUCGCAACGUGCAGGGAGUGUGGCUGAUUUCGGAAUUGAGCGUGCGCCUUCUGAAUUAAACCAAGAAGAGGCUCGUAUUGUCCAAGACACCCUGGCGCGUACUCCUCGGACCUCCCACUAUACGCCAUCUGCUCUUGGCUCGGAUAUCAUGAAUUCCCACUACCAUGACGGGGAAUUGUGCAUUCUUUUGCAUGAGGUAGACUCAGCGACCCACGAGGUAGUCAAGAAAACCUUACGUAAAGCUAUUCGUCAACGAGUCAAGAAACUAGGCAUGAAGUACGACAAUGAGUCCAUUAAGCAAUACCGAAGAAUGCAUGAUCACGACCCCAGUGUUCAUCUCGGUCCUGAUGACCUGAACGAGGAUGUGCCUCCGAAAUGGGCAGCGGACAUCAAGAGAGAGCUCGUGUUGAUGCAACAGCGGAUCGAAAGCCUCGGGCCCAAGAUAGAGGGCCUCAAGGCGGCCAGCCAGAUCGAGGGCUCGGGGUAUGAGGACGGUGGAGUUGAUGAAAUUCCCGCGACGAGAACCAUCAAUAUUCACACUGAACCCACGGGCACACUCGCAGAGUCAGUUUACCAUCACCCAGAGACAGAAGUCAUCAUCGACGAAGAGGGCUCGGAUGACGGGACAGAAAUGCCUCCACAGCCUCCUAUGCGGACUGAAUCGGACAUGGUGUCGCAGCGUAACCCUGGAAGAGAUGAUUCGCCAGGCCAGCGAUAUCUAGAGGAGGAAUUCUACAAACUGCGACAAAAGCCUCAUGGAACCAACUCUCAUCGCUCACACAACACGUGGGAGCUAGCGCGCGAGGAUGAGCAGGAGUUUGACGAGGAUGAGCAUGAGCAUGGGCCCAGUCCAACCGGAUUACAAACAAUUCCUGAUCGCGAUUCCAAUGCUGGAGAAACGAUCCCAGCGCAUGAUAACCCGGCAACAUGGAACAACCCUGCUGACAUCAGUCAUGAUUCUCAAGUGCAGCUUCCGCCUUGGCAGCGCAUCCACCAACGACUGUUGAGCUGGGCCAUCAUCUGGCCCCUCACAGAUUUCGAUACUGCCUUGAACAGCACAACCCGUGGGCAACAAGUUAACGAAGUCGCGCUGACUAUUUGGUCUACGCAGACAUACAAGCGCUAUGUCAGAGCAAAAUUAACUGAAAGUCCUCAAGGCGUUGUUGACAGGCUGUUUGUGCCGCCGAAUAUGGCCGAUGCGAUCAGUAACGCUGUCUUCAAUGGGCGCCACGGUGACGCUUGUGGAAUGUUGCGGGAUUUGUGGAGUCCUUUUGGACUCGACGGCAUGCCAAGGUUGCUCGUCGUUCUUGCCAAACAUCGGUCAGACCCCAACCACUGGGUGGUUCACCGAUUCAAUCUCCCUGAGGGUUCAUUAACGACUUAUGACUCUUACCCAGAACGCACACUCCCAGAUGGCCGACCACUUGGGUGGUGGUUUGCCAUUCGAGUUGCGUGGCCAAACACCAUGUACCCCAGUCCAGACCAUCUUAUGCAAAAGAUGGUCCGACUUCACCGCCCAAUGCAGCUGCCAGUAGACAACUCUGUUGCCGCUUGCGGACUUUGGCGGAAUAUUUUGAUGGGCUCGCGGGCAGAGCGUAGUCUGGACCUUGAGCGGUUGCGCGAUUUGAUCAACACUGAAGUUAAGAAUCUGCGCCAGAAGAAGCAGAUUGGCAAGUUGUCGGUUGGCGCGCCGCGACCUGUCUGGGACUUGCAUUAG